AUGGAGAAGAACCAGAAACGAAUAUCCACCCGCGCCGGCUCCGUGUCUGUUCGAGGUUACUCGUCCGACCGAGUCGUCUGCCCCGCUACCCGUGCCGUUUCCAGCGCCGAGACCGUACUGAUCCACGAAAACGCAAAUAGAUCCGCUGCUCCCGCACCUUUCCCAUCCGCCAAAUGUGAAUUCCGCGAGAGCGACUUCAAGCGGCCGCCCGUGUCUCGCGAGUACGUCGCGGCCCUCGAGUCCCGCAUCGCCUCGCUCGAGAGCCUGCUUGGCAACCUCAAGGCCGCCGACGGCGACGAGCGCAACCAGAUCCUCGACGACCUCGAGGUUCAGGACUAUGUGCCCUCCUUUUCCGGCCUACCUUUGGCGGAUGAAAUUGCGCUGAGUGAGGCCAUGACCAAGGCUUCGUUUCAGGAGAUGACUGAUGGGUCCAUGAUCUACCACGGCCCGACAAGCAUCUUCCAAAACGAAGUCAGCCCCUCAAUAUACCCAACCAGCUCCUCCACGGCCUCGAAACCUUCGGCCUUCCACGAGGAUAAGGCCAAUCUAACCAACCAGACUAUGCGUCUCUGCAUCGGCCUCUUCUUUUUCUGGCAGUAUCCGCUCUUCAUGUUCAUCGACAGGGAAGCUUUCGUCCAAGAAUUUGAAGACAACCCUGCCGACGGCAACUUUUGUUCGCCGCCCUUGAUCUACGCGUGUGCCGCCCUGGGUGCGCUCAUGUCCAAGGAUCCGGAAAUCCGGCCCAGGGCACAGGAGUUCGCGGACACGGCGCAGACUAUCUUGACCACAGAUGAGUUGGGUGUUUCUAGGCCAACUUCGGUGCAGGCCUGGUUGUGUCUUGCGUAUUUCGAAGUCGGUUUGAGUAACAUGUCCAAGUCGUGGCUGUACACAGUCCAUGACAUGCUAUCCCAGACUUUCGCCCCCAAGAAGAUGAAGGACCCAGCCGCAAGGAGGUGGAAUGAGGUCUCCCUGAAUAAGCUCAACGCCAGGUUGGUCGCGUGGCACGAGGCGCUGCCCACCAACAUGCGAUGGAAGAAGUGGUUCACCAACAAGGAUAUACUACAGCCCAACGUGUCGAUUCUGCACACCCGCAUCUGCCUUAAUCUGCCCUUCCUAGCAUCCGUCCGGCACAUCCCCUCCACGGCAGAGUUGGUCGACAACGACGACGACACUCCCGAGACAGCCUCCAACAACCCAAUCAUCAAGUCGCUCAGGAUAUGCCAGUCCUCUGCGCAAGGUAUAGCCGACGUCCUACAGCGCUUUAAGAGCCAACACACCCUAGGCAACGCGCCCCUCAUUUUCGUCGGCGCCACCAUCGUCGCCACGAACGCCGUCCUGGUGACGACGAGGCGCCAGAGGGGUGGCGGCGGGGUGCCGCAGUUGAUGAAAGACACGUUGCUGCCUGUGCUUGACGGCGCUCUGGAGGAUAUGUCUGCUUCGUAUAAGCUUGCGGAGGAGGCUAGGGCCAAGGUCCGGAUUGCGUUGAAUACGAAGGAACAGCAUAGACAUGAUGCAGGAGGACAGCAGCCUGAGAUCCUGCCGGUUGGGGUGGAUGGUGAGAGUGCUUGUGGAACUGAGCCGGUGGCUGUGGUGGUCGAUCCAGCGCUCUCGAGCCCGGUUGAUCCUCCUGUGACGACAGCGGCCGGCCCGGGCUCGGCGACGGUGACGACAGAGGUACCUGGCUUCAUGAGUCCUGAGCAACAAGGUUGGCAGCCUUUAAGUGUGCUAGAUGGUGAAACGGCUUUCUGGGGGAACCUUGGCAACGACAUAUUCGCAGGUUCAGAGCUGGAGUAUCUUGACGGCGUGACGGAGUUCGACUGGACCGACCGGCCGCCAAUACCUUGA